CACACAAUUUCUCAGACGCUUUCUUCUGUCAAAUGUCGAGCAGUGCCAUUCCGCAACCUGGAGCGGCUGUCGCAGCAUCCCAACAGCAGCAGCAACAACAACAACAGCAACAUCAUCAACAUCAACAGCAACAGCAGUCGUCUGGCAGCAGCGGUGCAUCCGAUGGCAACGGACCGAGCGCCUACGAGUGCAUGCUGCAGGGCAGCAUCAAGGACGCCGCGCUGCCCGCGCUGCUCCAGCGAUUGCUCGGAUUGUGUCGCGCCAAUCCCGCCGCGCCGAUUGCCCCGUUGCCGUCAGCGAGGAUGGCUGAAUUGCUGCCUGGAUUGGACGUCGAUUCACUGGCAAGCAUCCAGCCAAACUCGAGCGUGCGGCCGCUCAGGAUCCACGAGAUGGGCUACAUGCAUCCAGAGCUCAAACGCAUGCUGCUUCGCGUGCGGCACCAUCUGGAUGCGGAUACAUGGCAAAUUUGCGCAUUCGGUCAGCCAGAAUUUGCAGACGCCUUGAAGCGCUCAACAAUCGUUCGCGCAGGAAUGCUGAUGGAGGCAUCAAGUGGCGCUGCACGCACGCUGCUCGAAGCGACAGGCUUUGGGAUGGACCAUGAGAUGCUUCGCACCGGCUUGCUGUGCUCCCAUUUGACCGCAGCCGGCGUUCGGUUGGACGUGAGUAUUUCGCGCAUUCAGCGGCUGGCACAGCCCGGCGACGUGACUUCGGCCCAACCUCUUCAGGCGAAUGUGCUUCACGACGUACCCCUGCACGAUUCGUUGCUCGUUGAAAUCUCGGCACUUGGCAUUUCAGAGCGGAUACCCGAAAUUGAGGAUGAGAUCCAUCUCAUGGCCGAGAAACUAGCUCCACUCGUUGUUUUGUCGAAAGUCGACCACCGCCUAAUCCAAGAGCACAUGCACGCUCCGAUUUCCGAGCAUGGCCGCGCCAGAGCACCUCAGUACUCUCAAGGGACACCGAAUCCCGCCGUUCUUGUUCAUCCGCGGGUUUGAGCACAAUAAACAUUUUGGUCUUUUGCUUGUAUCGAUCUGUUCAACUUUCC